AUGAUGGAAAUGGCGAGCUGCUGUGGAGUUGACGUUAACCGGUGGUUUUCUGAUCGAUGCAGGAGAAGAAGGGAGCUCGCCAGAAAGGAGGCUGCCAAUCGGAAAAGAGAACAAGAUAAUGAGGAGGAGCGUUGUGAUAAGGGUAUUGGAUCUGAUUUGGAUCCUAAUGGGGAGAACACCGACGGUGGUGCUUGGUUUUCGCUGGAGACAUGGAAGCAGCUUGAAAUUGAUGAUAAAAACAAAAUUGAUAAAGGAUAUCCCAUUUAUCAAUUGCUGUCCAGCAGGCUUGAAACUGCCAUUUGUUCUCGGCACUCGGUGCCUCAUGAGAUCCGAUUGCAUCUAUCAUCAAAGGUGAAUCGACAUCUCCAAAAUGGUUCCAGUAAUGUUCUUUUCAGCCAUUAUCGGCCUUCCUUAACAGUCUCCGCCUUCAUAAAUGAAAGAAAAGUUUUGAAAUGCGGAAUGAGAACAUGCCACAGUCACACAGAAAAAUGUAAGCCUCGGUUCUUAAAGCUCACAUCUGUUAUUGACUUGGCAUGUCGAUUCUACUAAUUCUGAAUGAAAACCUAGAAAUCAUGUUUUUGUUCUGUGAGAAGGAUCUUAAAUUCUUAAUUUACAUGUUGUUAAUGUAUU